AAAUCUUUUUACAACAACAUAUAUGAGUAUUGUUUUAGAAAAAGCUGAUCAAUUUAGACACAUUAUUCGUAUUUUAAAUACGAAUGUUGAUGGUAAAUAACGUCUUGCUUAUGGAAUAAGAAGCAUUAAAGGUAUAGGCAGAAGAUUUGCGAUAUAAAUUUGCAAAGUAUAUUUGAUUCAAUAUUAUUGUUUAGGUUUUAAGACUUGAUUUAAGUAAGAGAGCAGGUGAACUUACUGAUGAAGAAGCUCACAAGAUUACAGAAGUCAUAAAAGCUCCAGAAGCAUAUAAUAUUCCUAAAUGGUUCCUUAAUAGAUAGCGUGAUUUUAAGGAUGGUAAGAACUAUUAAGUAACAACAAAUGAACUUGAAACAAAACUUAGAGAAGACUUAGAAAGAAUGAAAAAAAUAAAGUAUUUAUAAUAUUUAAGAAUUUAGAUGUAAUCGAGGUUUGAGACAUCAUUGGGGAUUGAGAGUAAGAGGAUAACAUACAAAAACAACUGGUAGAGGAGGUUAAACUUUGGGUGUUGAAAGAAAGAAGAAAUGACAUACAUUUUUUAUAUAUUUUUUUAGUGCAUUACAAUUUAAUAAGGAAC